AUGAGCAUAUCAGCGGCUUUCAGAGCCAGCUACCCGUGGAUUCAGGCGCCGCUCAUCGUGAGCGCGCCCAUGCGCCUGAUUGCAUUCGCUCCGCUCGCCGUCGAGGUGUCGCGCGCCGGUGGCCUGGGCUUUAUUGCUGCAGGAAGCGAUACAAGCACCCUCGAGCCUAGUCUCCGUGAAGCCCAUCGGCGGCUCACGACCGACCCCAUCCCCCGCUCAAGCCCGCACACGGUCCUGCCUGUUGGCGUUGGGUUCAUCAACUGGGGCGCGGAUCUCGAGCAAGCAGCCGCCUUGCUAGCAAAGUACACGCCUGCCGCUGCUUGGUUCUUCGCUCCGCGCAAGACAGACGACCUCGGGCGCUGGGCAAGCACCAUCCGCGAAGUCACCCAGCGGCGCACGAGCGUCUGGGUCCAGGUCGGCACCGUCGCCGAGGCAUUGGCCGUGACGCAGGCCUGCAAGCCGGAUGUUCUGGUCGUCCAGGGCACGGAUGCGGGCGGCCAUGGCCGCGAGCGCGGCGCGAGCAUUGUCGCUCUCGUGCCCGAGGUCGCUGACGCCAUCGCAGCCCUCAGUCUGCCGCCGGAGGAGACGCCGGCGCUGGUAGCUGCUGGCGGCAUCGCCGACGGGCGCGGCGUCGCGGCGGCGCUGGUUUUGGGGGCCGAGGCCGUCGUCAUGGGCACGCGUUUCCUCGCGUGCCCGGAGGCGGCCAUUGCGGCGGGCUACAGGGCAGAGGUCGUCCGCGCGAGUGAUGGUGGCGCCGCCACGGCAAGGACCAAGGUCUACGACCAGCUGCGCGGCACGACGGAUUGGCCAGAGGGAUACAACGGCCGCGGGGUGCUGAACCGCAGCUGGGAAGACGCGGCGAACGGGGUGCCGUUCGAGGAGAACAAGAGGCUCUACGAAGCGGCCAUGGAGCUUGGCGACGCCGGCUGGGGGCCGCAGGGGAGGAUGACAACUGCCGCCGGCCCGGAUGGCAUUGGCGACGCCUCGUGCUGCAGCAAUCCAGACCAAACAUUCCGCCUGGACUGGGGAGCCCUCUUCCUGCCCAGUCGCGACGAGCACCCCAGCCAACCGCUGGCCCCCCGUGACACGACCACCUCGACUGCGGCCGCAUCGUCCAUUGCGACUAAUGGCAUUCUGCUCGCCUCUGAAGACGACGACGCGAACUCGAAGAAGUGCCCGCCGGACCGCAGCGCCGUCGUCGGCCUCUCGACGGGCGUGCCGCUGGGCGUGUGCCUGCUCGCCGCCCUGGUCGCCAUCUUCGUGCUACUCGGCCGCGACCGCAAGGCCCGCGACCGCAUCCGCGCCCUGAACGAGGCCGCCCGCGAAGAGCGCGAGCGCGUCGCCCGCGAGCACAUGAUCCCCCGCGUCUAUGCCGCAUCCUACCACGCGCCGCCCCCGCCAGGGGCAGCCAGCGUGACGCGGUUCAGUCCCACCCACAGCGGGAGCGUGAUAGGCAGCAGCCCGAUACUGGCCGCGCCGCCGCCGCACACCCCAGAGGGCCAUCAGGGAGGGUUUGAGGGCUUUGAUGGCUCAUGGGCUUACGAGUACGACAACGAGCAGCACGGGUCGAGGAAGGAGAGAUUUGAGAUGACGCCUUAA